AUGUUUGAACCCAAACAAUGGAAUGUCCCUGAGGUGGUCCGGGCUACUGUCGAGAAGUCCGACGGAAAUCUCAACCCACUCCAGGGCGACGGCAGCAACUUCCCCUGCCACGGCGUCGCACCAGAAGCCCCAGUGGCAACAUACCUCCCAGGCACCUCCCAUCCGCUAAAGAUCAAGGGUUCAGCGGUCCACGGCGGUGGCAGCGGACAAAUGGUCAUCACUUACGAAACAAAGCCAACCAAGAAUACCGUCUUCCGUGUAAUGACCAGCUAUAUGGGUGACCACCCUAUCAAGGCCGCUGGAAACUUGGGCCCGGCAGAUCGAGAUCCCCAGGGUUUGAAGUCCGAACUCGAGCUUUGGAAGCUAAACCCUCUUAGCUUCACCGUGCCCAAGGGAUUGCCGAAGGGAAAGGCUGUUGUUGCCUGGACUUGGUUCAAUCGUAUUGGCAACCGCGAGAUGUAUAUGAAGUGUGCUACGGUUGUCAUCGGCGGGGAGGAAACAUCGAUGAGUGUUUUUGAGGCCCUGCCGGGCAUGUUCAAGGCAAACAUUGGUGGAGGGUGCCUCGUUCCAGAGCAAACUAGCGCGAUAGAUUUCAAGAAUCCCGGCCCCGAGGUUUUCGGGACGGGGAUCACCCCUGUUCCCUGCGGAGAACCUUCUUCUAAGGGGGCUGGUAGCGGUGGAUCUGCCCCGAGUGGAGCAGGGGCUUCUGGGCCAGCGGCGGAUACCAAGCCCUCGGUCGGAAACACGAUUGCGCCCACCAACACCAGCAGUCCUGCUCCUUCGCAAUCCGCCCAGACGGGAGCGGGAAAUUCUGGAAACGGAGCGGGGGCUCAGCCUCCAGAGGGAAAUAUUAUAGAACCUCCUGCUACUACCGGCGGUCCUGCUCCUUCACCUUCUGCACCUGAGGGGAAUGGCACCGGUAAUGAGGCGGUGCUUGCUACUAAUAUUCCAGUGGAACCUAUGCCCACCGCCACAAGCGAAGCGCUAGCUCAGACACCCAUACCAAGCAUCCCGACUACACUUAUGGCGUCCACAAUUCGCCUCUCCCCUCCCCAACAAACUGGCGCCACGCCGGUCGAGGCUUGCACGACUGAGGGGGAAAUCACGUGCGGCGAAAAUGGAACGUGGUACAUGUGCGGUUCGGGCCGCAAGCAGUUCAUGGGUAGUCUCGCUGCCGGGACGACAUGCACCGCGGGGAAAAUCGCCAAGAGGGGUAUUCGUGGGUACUACUUCUAA